ACGGAAAACUACCAUCACAGCGAAGGCGCUUGAUGAGUACCAAGAGCUGAUACAAAACACUGUGUCGGAUCUUGAGGGCAUCCUACAGAAUAUUGACGAAAAGUUACAAGCUCUUGUCACUGCUGGUGCAAAUGUUAAUCAGACAGAUUUUGACGAACAAAAAAUCCAAGUCGAGCGAGAUUGCGUACAGCGAUGCCUCGAUAUCUGUGCUGAGCUGUCGUCGCACGUCGAAAAGGGGCAGUCUUCCGCGUCCCAAAACCUGCUCCUAUCGCCAGAAGACUAUGGCGACCAGGUCGAUCCUCUCAAUGCUGCUGCUUCAGCUCGACAGGCUACAAUCACCGUCCUAGGUGAUUACGUCCUCCGCCGACUAGACACCCUCGAAGGGCAAAAAUUUGCAUACUCGGACUUCAAAGAACAAAGCAGAAUGCAAGAAGAAAUUAAAAGCAUCAAGCAGAGUUUGGCAGUGUGCGCUAAAGCUUCCAAAGAUGCUUCCACGGAUCGAGUUAAUAUGUUUGAUGAAGUGUCACUUGGCGAGGAUGGCCAUCAAGUCAUUGUGUCAACAGUUGGGGAUUUGAUCAACGCUCGAAGAGUUUCGGCCGGUGCAAGGUCCACACAGCUGCUGGGGCAGAUGUCCGACCUGACGCUUCAGAGUAUUGGCCAGCGUCAAAGUUACAGCAUCUCGAACCAGGGUCCUUCAGGACAAGAAGACAAUACAUCAUCGUCCAAUAAAAGACAUGGUUCAUUUGCUUAG